UUCUUCUAUAGUUAAACCUCCAAAGUUUCCUAUUAUCCUUGAUGGCUGAAAUUCGGAACGGUCCUGGUUUUUGCAUGUUUCUUUCUUAAAUCAAAUUCUAGGAAUGGCGUGUAUUUUUCUUCCACCGAAGCAGCCGCACAGGCAGAAGCUUAAAUGCAAGGGCACCGCGGUUGCUAUGAGGAGCUUGAAGAAACUUUGUUUAUCCGAUUUUUGAACUGUCUAAGGUAGAACUGGGAAAAGCCUCCUCACGUAGAUUGUUCUACAAUGUCGAUGUCCUAGGGACAAAGGAACGGUCGUAUCUGCCAACUCUGGGUGUACGCAGUUUCACACGGUUAGGGUGGCAGGCCAUAUUCAGAUGGGACUGCCCGCCGGUGCGAAAGAAUCCCGAUAAUGUCCCUUAGAGAAUAGUCAUCGAUCAGUUGGACAGCUCUCCGCUGAACAGCAUCGAGCAUGGAUAAUGUAGUUGGGGCUGCAGCAUCCCAAACAUAUGUGCAGUACUCGAGGCUAGAUCUUAUAUGGACCUUGUGCAGAGUGAGGAGGUCAUGUGGAGAAUAGUACUUCUUAGCCUUAAACAAGCAGUUGUCGCUAUUGACAUGAGCUGUUCAUGCCAGAUCAAGUCCUCGAUGAUCUGGACUCCGACCAGCCGACACAAACGGCCAUUUAGUAGAACUCGGCCAUCCAUCGAAAAUGGAUGAGCACUGGGACGCUUUUUGUUAGUCAAAGUACAGUACUGUAUUUUGGAAGCCCUAAGCUAUACAAGAUUAUUGCGCCCCCAAGCAGUGAUAAUUUCCAGGUCUCUUGUCAGAAGGGAAGUCGCUGCUAAUCUUCUUUUCUUCAGCUCACUGGCAGAGAUCGGCUUGUCAUCAGCAAAGCUGUAGAUCGGGUUAAUCGUACAGGAAAGGAGGUCGUCGAUAUGAGGAAUAAUGUCGGAGCUAAGAGCAAUCCUUGGCGGACACCCGCAUUGACAUUGUGGGAUGAAGAGGAGAACCCGUCUACUCGUAUUACGACAGAUAGCUUGCGGACAGUACAACUUGACACCGAGGAGACUCGCAAAACAUAGUUUCGAAGGUGGUGCGGGGGCACGUCAGAGCAGGCAGCGAAACCACCCAGUUCAUUGAAGCCACAAAACGCGAUGCCCUGAACCAACUUCGCCGGGAGUUGGAGAAACUCGCCGAGAGCACCGAGGCACACAAGUCCCAGUUAGCCAAGAAGGAGAUCGAAGGGUUCCAGAAGCUCUUCCGCCGGUUUCUGGACGAAUCUGGACCUUCCGUCGAGUGGGAUCGAAUUGAGAAACUUCCGACAGGUGCUGUGAGAGAUUACACAGAGUUGGAAUCUCCCUCGAAGGAUUUGGUUACUCAGAUGCUCAAUAAGUUGAUCGUCGUGAAGUUGAAUGGUGGUUUGGGGACGUCGAUGGGUUGUCAUGGGCCGAAGUCUGUUAUCACUGUUAGGAGUGAUUUGACAUUUUUGGAUCUGACUGUGCAGCAGAUAGACCACUUGAACAAAACCUACAACGUAAAUGUCCCCCUUGUGCUGAUGAACUCCUUCAACACAGACGAAGACACCGAAAAGAUAAUCAGAAAAUACAAGAACCUAAACGUCGAAAUCCACACUUUCAACCAAUCUUGCUUUCCCAGGAUCAGCAGAGACUCUCUUUUACCCAUAGCGAAAUCUGGGCGAGUUCACGAAAAUAUCGAAGCGUGGUACCCACCUGGACAUGGAGAUUUCUACGAAAGUUUCAAAAACUCUGGUUUACUGGAUAAAUACAUCGCGGAAGGAAGGCAGUAUCUGUUUCUGUCUAAUAUUGAUAAUUUGGGGGCUACGGUGGAUUUGAAUAUACUUAAUUUGUUGUUGAAUCCUAACAAAGAAAAUGCACAACAUGAAUUUGUUAUGGAGGUGACUGAUAAGACUAGAGCCGAUGUUAAGGGUGGAACUCUUAUCCAAUAUGAGGGCAAGCUGAGACUUCUAGAAAUUGCACAGGUUCCUAAAGAGCAUGUAGAUGACUUCAAAUCUAUCAAAACGUUCAAAUUUUUCAACACAAAUAAUAUUUGGGUCAAACUAGAUGCAAUUGCCAAAGUAUUACAAGAUGACCGUCUGGAUAUGGAAAUUAUAGUGAACAAUAAAACCUUAGAAAACGGGCAAAAUAUAAUUCAGCUAGAAACAGCAGUCGGUUCAGCUAUGAAAACUUUCGAAGGUGGAAUAGGGAUUAACGUACCUCGUAGCAGAUUUUUGCCUGUCAAGAAGACUUCCGAUUUGUUUUUGGUCAUGAGUGAUCUCUAUGUGUUGAAAAAUGGUUCUCUAACGAUGUCACCUCAAAGGAUGUUCCCAACUACUCCAUUAGUCAAACUAGGUGACAACCAUUUCGCCAAAGUAAAAGAGUUUUUGGCUAGGUUUCAAAAGGUACCAGAUAUCCUGGAGUUGGAUCAUCUCACUGUGUCUGGGGAUGUUACGUUUGGAAGGGGUGUUUCUCUAAGGGGUACAGUGAUAAUAAUAGCAAACCAUGGUGAUAGAAUAGAUAUUCCGUCUGGUGCCAUAUUAGAGAACAAAAUCGUAUCUGGAAAUAUGCGUAUCUUAGAUCACUAAAAUUAUAUUUUUUAAUGUUGUGUAUACUCUAAAAUUUUCUUGUUAUUCAUAUUUAUUAUUGCCUAUAUUAUUGUGUGUGUAUAUAUAAACAUUUUCGAAAACAUACUGAGAUUUAAUAAAAGUGCUUUAUUAUU